AUGGCGGCGCGGCGGGCGGCGCUGGUGGCCGCGCUGCUGCUGGCCGAGCCCUGCGCCCCCGAGCCGGCGGCCGAGGCCAACGGGACGUGCCAGGGCUCCAACCGCUGCCAGCCCGGCGUCCUGCUGCCCGUCUGGCAGCCCGACAACCCCUCCUUCGGCGACAAGGCGGCCCGCGCCAUCGUCUACUUCGUGGCCAUGAUGUACAUGUUCCUGGGCGUCUCCAUCAUCGCCGACCGCUUCAUGGCCUCCAUCGAGGUCAUCACCUCCAAGGAGAAGGAGAUCACCAUCACCAAGGCCAACGGGGAGACCAGCAUCGGCACCGUCCGCAUCUGGAACGAGACGGUCUCCAACCUCACCCUGAUGGCGUUGGGCUCCUCGGCCCCCGAGAUCCUCCUCUCCGUCAUCGAGGUCUGCGGUCACAACUUCCAAGCGGGCGAGCUGGGGCCCGGCACCAUCGUGGGUAGCGCGGCCUUCAACAUGUUCGUGGUCAUCGCCGUCUGCGUCUACGUCAUCCCCAGCGGCGAGAGCCGCAAGAUCAAGCACCUGAGGGUCUUCUUCGUCACGGCCUCCUGGAGCAUCUUCGCCUACAUCUGGCUCUACCUGAUCCUGGCCGUCAUCUCCCCCGGGGUGGUGCAGGUCUGGGAAGCCCUCCUCACCCUCAUCUUCUUCCCCGUCUGCGUGGUCUUCGCCUGGGCCGCCGACAAGCGGCUCCUCUUCUACAAGUACGUCUACAAGCGCUACCGCGCCGACCCCCGCAGCGGCAUCAUCAUCGGCACGGAGGGCGAGCUCCCCAAGGGCAUCGAGAUGGACGGUGGCUUCCCCGUCCCCGAACGCCGCGAGGCCGAAGGCGCCGGCGUCACCGCCUCGCCCGCCCUGCCCGCCCCCACGCCGGAGGAGAAGGAGCUGGAUGAGAGCCGCCGGGAAGUCAUCCAGAUCUUGAAGGACCUCAAGCAGAAGCACCCCGAGAAGGAGCUGGAGCAGCUGGUGGAGAUGGCCAACUACUACGCCCUGCUCCACCAGCAGAAGAGCCGCGCUUUCUACCGCAUCCAGGCCACCCGUAUGAUGACCGGCGCCGGCAACAUCCUCAAGAAACACGUGGCCGAGUUCUCCAAGAGGUCCUCCACCCUCCUGGAGGUGCCCUCGGACGCCGAGGAGGAGACCUGCAGCCGUAUCUUCUUCGAGCCUUGCCUGUACCACUGCCUGGAGAACUGCGGCUCGGUGACGCUCUCGGUAGCUUGCCAACAGGGCGCCGAAGCCAACCACACCUUCUACGUGGACUACAAGACGGAGGACGGCUCGGCCAAGGCGGGCUCCGACUACGAGUACAGCGAGGGGACGCUGAUCUUCAAGCCGGGGGAGACCCAGAAGGAGCUGAAGAUCGGCAUCAUCGACGACGACAUCUUCGAGGAGGACGAGCACUUCUUCGUCCGCCUCCUCAACCUCCGGGUGGGCGACGCCGAGGGGAUGUUUGAGACCGAUUCGGCCGAGCACCCCAAGGGGCGGUUGGUGGCUCCGUUGGUGGCCACCGUCACCAUCUUGGACGACGACCACGCCGGCAUCUUCACCUUCCAGGAUCGGUUGCUGCACGUCAGCGAGUGCCAGGGGACGGUGGAGGUGAAGGUGGUCCGCAGCUCGGGUGCCCGCGGCACCGUCCUCCUGCCCUACCGCACGGUGGAGGGCACGGCCCGCGGCGGCGGCGUCCACUACGAGGACGCCUGCGGGGAGCUGGAGUUCAGGAACGACGAGACCGCGAAGACGCUGCAGGUGAAGAUCGUGGACGAUGAGGAGUACGAGAAGAAGGACAACUUCUUCAUCGAGCUGGGGCAGCCGCGCUGGCUCAAACGGGGCAUCUCGGGGUACGGGCGGGCCCUCCUGCUCACCCAAGCAGACGGUGACCGGAAGCUCUCCGCGGAGGAGGAGGAGGCGCGGCGCAUCGCCGAGAUGGGCAAACCCAUCCUGGGGGAGAACUGCAAGCUGGAGGUCAUCAUCGAGGAGUCCUACGACUUCAAGAACACGGUGGACAAGCUGAUCAAGAAGACCAACCUGGCCAUGGUGAUCGGGACGCACUCCUGGCGGGAGCAGUUCCUGGAAGCCAUCACCGUCAGCGCAGCAGACACCUUCGCCAGCAAGGUGGCCGCGCUGCAGGACCAGUGCGCGGACGCCUCCAUCGGCAACGUGACGGGCUCCAACGCCGUCAACGUCUUCCUGGGGCUCGGCGUGGCGUGGUCGGUGGCCGCCAUUUACUGGGCGGCGCAGGGCCGGGACUUCGAGGUGCAGACGGGCACCUUGGCCUUCUCCGUCACCCUCUUCACCAUCUUCGCCUUCGUCUGCAUCAGCGUCCUCAUGUACCGCCGCCGGCCCCACAUCGGGGGCGAGCUGGGGGGGCCCCGCACCCCCAAACUCCUCACCGCCGGCCUCUUCCUCGGCCUCUGGCUGCUCUACAUCCUCUUCGCCAGCCUGGAAGCCUACUGCCACAUCAAGGGCUUCUGA